CAAUUACCAUCAAAAUUUUGGCAGUCGAAGUUGCGGUAAAGAUUCGCAGUAUUGAAAUGUUGCGGGCGGUGAAAUUUCAUUAAAACAAAGUUUUCUAAUAAGGUCUUCGACCGAACGAACGGGUUCGAUUUCAGUGUCACCUGUUCUCCGGAAUCUCCGAAAUUUUCUGUUCUUUUUGUUGAAUUACAACAGUAGAAAUAUUGGGAACGACAACUGUAACCGGCUGUGAAAAAGUUUUCAAUCAUGGCUAGUGUAUCUUAUCACAUUGCUAACUUGCUGGAGAAGAUGACUUCCAGCGAUAAGGAUUUCAGAUUUAUGGCAACCAAUGAUCUGAUGAGUGAAUUACAAAAAGAUAGCAUUAAAUUGGACGAUGAAUCAGAGCGCAAAGUUGUAAAAAUGCUUUUAAAACUGCUAGAAGACAAGAAUGGAGAAGUACAAAAUCUUGCUGUAAAAUGUUUGGGCCCAUUAGUCAAUAAGGUAAAGGAGUACCAAGUGGAAACUAUUGUAGAUGCACUGUGCAGUAACAUGGUAUCAGACAAAGAACAGUUAAGAGAUAUCUCCAGUAUCGGAUUGAAGACUGUAAUCUCCGAACUUCCUUUAGGAUCCAGCGAACUUGUUGCAAACGUUUGUAAACGAAUAACUGGUCGUCUUAGCAGUGCUAUCGAAAAACAGGAAGAUGUAUCUGUACAACUUGAGGCUCUUGAUAUCGUAGCUGAUUUAUUGUCUCGAUUCGGUGCUUUACUAGUCACCUUCCAUUCUAUCAUUUUGUCUGCUCUGCUGCCACAACUUUCUUCCCCGCGUCAAGCAGUUCGAAAACGUACCAUAGUAGCAUUGAGUCACCUGUUGACUUCGAGUAACAAUUACUUGUACAAUAAGCUUUUGGAUCAUUUGCUUGAAGGUCUUUCUAUUCAAACUGCUAAAAAUGUGGUACGCACUUACAUACAAUGCAUCGCAUCUAUUUGUCGUCAAGCCGGACACAGAUUUGGAGAGCAAAUAGGGAGGGUAAUGCCUCUAAUCUUACAGUACAGUGUGGACGACGACGAUGAACUGAGAGAAUAUUGUUUACAAGCUUUUGAAUCUUUUGUAUACAGAUGCCCCAAAGAAAUUACACCACAUAUAAGUAAAAUUAUAGAUAUUUGUUUGAUGUACAUCACAUACGACCCAAAUUAUAAUUACGAUGAUGAUAUGAACGACGCGUCUGAUGGAGAAGGUGCUGUGAUGGAAAUAGAAGAAGAUGGAGAGGAAGAUGCAGAAGACGAGUAUUCAGACGAUGAUGAUAUGAGUUGGAAGGUUCGUAGAGCAGCUGCAAAGUGUCUUGAGGCUGUUGUUUCCAGUAGACGAGAACUUCUCCCAGAACUUUACAAAGAUGUUUCACCAGCUCUAAUUGCAAGAUUUAAAGAAAGAGAAGAAAACGUAAAAUCGGAUAUAUUCCAUGCAUAUAUCGCUCUUUUGAAACAAACUAGACCAGCCACUGGAGUACCACUUGAUCCUGAUGCGAUGGAGGACGAUGACGGUCCGAUAUCGUUACUUCAACAGCAAGUUCCGUUAAUAGUAAAAGCAGUCCAUCGUCAGAUGAAAGAGAAAAGUAUUAAAACCAGACAAGAUUGUUUUUCACUGUUAAAAGAGUUAGUACUCGUGUUGCCUGGUGCUUUAAACAAUCAUAUACCGGCAUUGAUAUCUGGUAUUCAAUACUCAUUGGGAGACAAAAAUUCUUCAUCAAAUAUGAAGAUUGAUGCACUGGCUUUCGUGCAUACGUUAUUAAUCACACAUCAACCAGAGGUCUUUCAUCCUCAUAUGGCAGUCUUAGCACCACCCAUUAUAGCUGCAGUUGGAGAUCCAUUUUACAAAAUUACAGCGGAGGCGUUAUUGGUAUUGCAACAGCUUGUUCAAGUAAUUAGACCGCAUGAUAAGCCAUGUUACUUUGAUUUGACAUCAUUGUCUGGCGAAAUAUAUCGUUGCACAUUGACCAGACUAAGAACAGCGGAUAUCGAUCAGGAAGUGAAGGAAAGAGCAAUUGCUUGCAUGGGUCAGAUUCUAGCUCACUUUGGGGACAUUUUGUCAGAUGAAUUGCAUGUAUGUCUGCCAAUAUUCCUGGACAGGCUUCGUAACGAGAUAACACGACUUACGACUGUUAAGGCCUUAACUUGUAUAGCAUCGUCGCCUUUGAGAGUAGAUCUUAAGCCGAUUAUGGACGAGGCUAUUCCAAUUCUUGGAUCUUUUCUCCGAAAAAAUCAACGAGCUUUGAAAUUGUGUUCCCUACCACUUUUAGAUACUUUGGUGCAAAAUUACAGCUCUGCUCUUCACGUAGAUUUAUUAGAUAAGGUAACGACGGAGCUACCGGCAUUAUUAAAUGAGACUGAUCUACAUAUUGCGCAAUUAACUCUUAAUCUUCUCACCGUUAUCGCGAUGUUACACCCAGUCGCCCUGACAAGGGUGUCUGAUAACAUCCUUCCAGAAAUAUUAGUGUUGGUAAAAUCUCCACUUCUCCAAGGGGUGGCCUUAACUUCUAUGCUGGAAUUUUUCCAAGCAUUGGUCCAGGCAGACAUACAGGGUCUGGGAUAUAGAGAAUUGCUUUCGAUGUUAAUAGCGCCCGUUAAUCAAUCUGUUCUUCAUAAACAAGCCUAUCAUUCCCUCGCUAAAUGUGCGGCUGCGUUAACAAUUACUUGGCAUCAGGAAGCUCAAGCAGUGGUAGAACAAUUUCUAAAAGACGUUCAGAAUCCUCAAAGUGACGCACAACACAUCUUUGCGCUGUUAGUCAUCGGUGAAAUAGGCAGACACGUGGACUUAAGUGGAAUCGCAUCUCUGAAGCAUAUAAUUUUAAACUCAUUCUCGUCCCAUUCGGAGGAAGUGAAAUCGGCAGCCAGUUACACAUUAGGGAACAUAGCAGUCGGCAAUCUUCCAGAGUAUUUGCCAUUCAUAUUGAAGGAAAUUGAGGCACAACCAAAACGUCAAUAUCUUCUUUUACAUUCGUUAAAAGAGAUCAUCACAUGUCAAUCUGCUAGUCUGUCCGGUGUGUCCCACUUGCAAAACUUUGUGCCUUCAAUCUGGAUGUUGUUGUAUAGGCAUUGCGAAUGUACGGAAGAAGGCACACGCAACGUCGUCGCAGAAUGUCUAGGAAAACUUACUCUGAUUGAUCCUGCUACCUUAUUACCAAAACUACAAGAAUCAUUGAAAUCACCUUCUGCGUUCAUGAGAACUACUACAGUCACGGCCGUCAAGUUCACCAUUUCUGAUCAGCCUCAGCAAAUCGACGCCAUGUUAAAACAAUGCAUGGGCAAUUUCUUGGUGGCUUUAGAGGAUCCUGACCUGAAUGUAAGAAGAGUAGCUUUAGUUGCAUUCAAUUCGGCAGCUCAUAAUAAACCAAUGUUGAUCAGAGAUUUAUUAGAUUCUGUGUUACCACAUCUGUACGCUGAAACUAAGAUAAAGAAAGAACUGAUAAGAGAAGUUGAAAUGGGACCGUUUAAACAUACUGUAGACGAUGGUCUGGAUCUUAGAAAAGCAGCAUUCGAAUGCAUGUACACGUUAUUAGAUUCAUGCCUCGAUCGGCUGGAUGUUUUCAAUUUUCUAAACCACGUCGAGAAUGGCCUCAGAGAUCACUAUGAUAUCAAGAUGUUGACCUACCUUAUGACGGCCAGGCUCGCUCAACUGUGCCCUACGGCCGUCUUACAAAGGCUGGAAAGGUUAGUUGAACCGUUGAAGAGUACGUGUACAAUGAAAGUAAAAGCAAAUUCAGUGAAGCAAGAAUAUGAGAAACAAGAUGAAUUGAAACGCUCGGCAUUGAGAGCAGUUGCAGCGCUAUUAACAAUUCCAGAUGCUGAUAAAAAUCCGUCACUAUGCGAGUUUGUAACUCAGAUCAAAGCAACGCCCGAGUUGCAACCACUUUUCGAAAUAAUUCAGAAGGAUUGCAGCGGAAGCAGUAUGAAUGAAACCAACGCGAUGGAUCAGAGUUAAAAGUCUACGAUCUGGCUUUUUGUAUUUCACAUUAGACCGCUGUUAGCUAUGCAUGAUCGCGGUCAUAUUAUUCAUAGUUUAUUUCUAUACGUUAUUUUUUCAUUAUUGUCCUUGACCCGAAACGUAGUUUGAAAUGAAUGUGAUUUCAUGUAACACGCCAUGUAUAAAUUACGAAAAUAAAUUUGCCAAUUGUAAGCAUUUUACGAUAACGUA